CGCCGCCAUGUCACAACACAAGAUAUCAGAAGAUAGAUCUUGAGCAGGCGCCAUGGCCAAGUCCAAUAAGAAGGAUGAAGUAAUUGAGAUUUUGGACAGCGACGACGAAGUCGCUUAUGGUGCUCCUGUUGCGUCUGCUAGUGCUGCUGCUCCCAAGAGUGGCAAUGCCUACAGUUUUCGUCGCCCUCGAAAAGGAGGCGACUGUUCCAUCUGCUACUGCGACUACUCUCGUGACGAAGGAGUCUGCUUGAGAGGCUGUGGCCACGUGUCCUGCUGUCAGGACUGUUUUGUCCAGUACGUGCAGCAAAAGGCCAAAGACGGAGAAGUGCUGGCGACGCAAAUGGUUUGUCCUUUUGUAUCCAAAGACAGCAAACACAAAAAAUGCAACGCGCCAUUGACCCAGGGAGAUAUUUUGGCGUGUUUGUCUGGCGAAGAAGAUCAAGAGCGCUAUCUACGGUUGAGUCUGAGCCGCGCCGUGGAUCAAAAUGACAAUUUGGGAUGUUGUCCUACGGCUGGUUGUUCGUUUCAGUUUGAAUUUGACGAGAAUGAUCGAAAAUUGGACUGUCCGCUCUGCCAUCAGACGUACUGCCUGGUCUGCAAGGCGGGUCCGUGGCAUGCGGGUGUCUCCUGUGAAGAAUUUCAGCUUCAGCAAAAGGCAACUGGCACUGAUGACGAUGACGAUGAUGAGUUUCAAAAAUUCGCAUCUCAACAAAAACUCAAGCAGUGUCCCAAAUGCCAAUUCUGGGUGGAAAAGGCCAAUGGCUGCGAUGCCAUGCAUUGUCGCUGCAAUCUCGUCUUUUGCUAUCGAUGUGGCGGUUGUCUCAAAGGAACGGCGCAAAAAAAUGGGUUCAAAGAAUGCAACUGUGGGUCUCAUGUACACGGUUUGCUGCAGACUCACGAACGGGCUCCCAUCAAUCACAACAAUAUCGGGAAUCACAAUCCACGUGUUGCUGGCGCGCCUCCCGCCUUUGGGCAAGGAAUGAUGGUUGGUCCUCAGUUUGGUGGAUUUCCUCCUAUUCCUCCUCUUCCUCCUCUUCCCCCACUGCUGCCUCCGCCUCCCGACUUUGGUCCAUUUGGGCAGGGCAUGAUGCCUGAUUUCGGCGGCCCGGGUGCAUUUGGAGGGUUCCCUCCUCCCCUGCCUCCGCCUCCUCCACCUCCUCCCGACUUUGGUCCAUUUGGACAAGGCAUGAUGCCGGGUUUUGGCGGCCCUGGUGCAUUUGGAGGGUUCCCUCCGGUUCCUCCGCCUCCUCCCAAUGUUGCCCCUCAUUUUGGCGCUCCGGGUGGGUUUGGAGGAUUCCCUCCUCCUUUCCCUCCUCCUCCUCCCGACUUUGGUCCGUUUGGCCCCGGAAUGCCUGGAAUGCAUGGAAUGCAAUUUCCAGGUCACGGUCAACGGCUCGGCGACGGAGCCAACAACCAUCACAACAAUAUGCGAGAGCGACGUGACGGAUAUUACUAAGUGAGCGGGAGAGAUAGGUCCUUCCCAUUCCCAGCGAGAGGCUUCGGGGACACAUACAUGGUAGCUGUAGCAACGGGAAUCGAGCAAGGGAAGGACUACAGCAAACUAAUAUAUUGAGACACGAUAUAGAGGGGAUGAAAUUAUGCAGAACAUCAAAUCAAAGCGAAGAAUAGCAAUAAACAACAUAACAAGGCUACCAGUCAGGAUCAAAAGUACCCAGGCCCUCAUGUGUUCAUUCAAGAGUAUCUUGUGCGCCUUGAAUGGGCGACAGAUUCAUUCCCAGCGAGCGAGAGCCAAUACAUGCCUCGCAUCUUGCUAUUAUAAUCGAGUGGAGUUUGGAUUCGUGUCUUGAAGCUCUUUUGGUGGGAUGGACGGUUCUUCUCGGGAUGCUUGCCGAGACGUCUUGCCCCUGUGCAUUCAAGUCUGUGCGCUCAUAAUCGUUGGGACAGCACCGGCAAAAAAUUUCGCGGCCGGACAACUACUAGCGUCACCAAACCUAGAUCCAUUAUGGGUCCCACCGACAGCUAGCUCCUGGACCUGCUCACUUCGGGCCAUGCGCCUGCUCCUAAAAAUAAAUGAUCCAUCUCCAGCCAGCAACUGCAAGCAGUCUCCACACCAUGGCAAAGGCACGUCCACCACCAACAAGUAACCGAAAGAGAACCACAAAGAAACUAAAGAAUUGCACCCAUCCCCAAACGAUGAAGCAACCCCACCAUGCAGAUAAUAUAGCAACGGCCAUCUUGGAGGCCAA